AGAAACCGUCCCGGCCACAGAGCAGGAGCUCCCGCAGCCACAGGCCGAGACAGUUCCAGCUGCCCUCCCUCCUGCAGCCCCUGCUGCCACUUCUCCUGCCGCAGCGCCAGCUGUUCUUCCUGCUGCUCAUUCUCUGACUCCAGCCCUGGGCCCAGCUGCCCAGGCUGUUCCCACGGAGCCGCCCAGCUCUGCCCCAGCCGUGCCCCCAGCCCCUCUCUCCCCUGCCGUGGUCCCAGCUGCAGCAAUUCCUGUCUUUUCUGCCCCUCCCCAGCCCUCUGCCCCAGCUCUGCCCCUCCCAGUUACUUCUUCCCCACCUCCAGCUCCAGUUCCACCAUCCCCAACUGGUUUUGCUGCCCAAGGUUCUCCAGGGCCUGCUGCUGUCCCAGUCAGCCCAGCGUCUGCAGGACUCCCAGUCCCAGCGUCUCCAGUUCUGGCUGCUCUUCCUGCUGCAGGACAGGCAGCCCCCCAGCAGCCCCCCCAUCUCCAGCGAGUCCUGGCUGUCUCCCAGCUGCUCUUACGCCUCCUCUGAAAGUCUCUACUCCUCCCAGCCCCACCGGAGCCACAGAAUCAGCCCCUCACCCUGCACCUCCCAAGAGCCCCGGGGCAGCCCCAGCUGCUCUGCCUCUGGCACCUCCCCCAGCAGCAGCCCCUGCAGGUGCCACAGCUCUUCCCCGGAGCCCCCCUGCGAUGCCAGUGCACCCUGCUGCACCUCUGCCCCCUCCAGCUGCCCCGCUGAGCCCAGCCCUGGCAGCCACCAUCUCUCCACCCAUCUUCCUGUCUGCCCCCAUGGCGCUGGCCCCUCUGCUGCCAGGUGGCACAGUCCCCUGCACCACUGCUGCUCCCCUGCGGGGCCCUGUGUCUGGUACUCCCAUUUGUCCGCUGGCUCCAGCUGCUCCUCCUGGGACCCUGACCUGUCCUGUGGGCCCUGCCCUGGCAGCCCCUGGCACCCCUGCAGUUCCCCAUUCUGUGGCCAGGCCACCCCCUGGGAGCCCGAUUCCCGUGACAGCCCCCGUCCUGCUCAGCCCAUCUCCAGCAGCUGCCUUGUCCCCCUCAGGGCUGCCACCAGCAGCAGCAGCUCCAGUUAAAGCAGCUCCAGUGAUCCCUGUCUCACUGCCAGCUGCUGUGACUGCUGCUCCUGCCAGUCCCCUUCCUGUCACACCAGAGAUGGCAGCUCCAGCCACCCCUCCUGCGGCCAAAGGAGCGCCCCAGAGCCCGGUACCUGCUCCACUGACUCCCUCUGCCCCUGCUGCACCAGCUCCUGUGGUUCCUCCUGCUGCCACCAAAGCAGCACCCCAGAGCCCAGUCACCAGCCCGUCUGCCCAUGCUGCUGUGGUUUCUGCAGCUGCCCCAGCUCCAGCUGCCCUCGCUGCCAACGAAACAGCUCCCCAGAGCCCUGCUGCUGCCACUCCAGCUCCUACGGCUGCUGCCACCAAAGCAGCUCCCCAGAGCCCUGCUGCUGCCCCUCUCUUCCUGCUGCUGUGAUUCCUGCAGCUGCACCAGCUCCAGCUGCCCCUGCUGCCAACAAAGCGGCUCCCCAGAGCCCUGGUGCUGCCACUCCAGCUCCUACAGCUGC